AUGACCCGUGGAAGAGCUUGGUCAGCUGUUGGCGUAGUAAAUAUGUCCAUGAGAGAACCGGGCAACGUAGAGAGAAGAAAGUGUUGUGUAACACCAUAUCAAUGUCUUACCAUCCUUCUUACUAUCCGUCUUACCAUCCGUCUUGCCAUCCGUCUUACUAUCCGUCUUGCCAUCCGUCUUACUAUCCGUCUUACCAUCCGUCUUAUUUCAUCCGUCUUAUUUCAUCCGUCUUACUAUCCGUCUUACUAUCCGUCUUAUUUCAUCCGUCUUACCAUCCGUCUUACCAUCCGUCUUGCCAUCCGUCUUACUAUCCGUCUUAUUUCAUCCGUCUUACUAUCCGUCUUACUAUCCGUCUUACUAUCCGUCUUACCAUCCGUCUUACUAUCCGUCUUACUAUCCGUCUUAUUUCAUCCGUCUUACUAUCCGUCUUACUAUCCGUCUUAUUUCAUCCGUCUUACCAUCCGUCUUAUUUCAUCCGUCUUACCAUCCGUCUUAUUUCAUCCGUCUUACUAUCCGUCUUACCAUCCGUCUUACUAUCCGUCUUAUUUCAUCCGUCUUACUAUCCGUCUUACUAUCCGUCUUGCCAUCCGUCUUACUAUCCGUCUUAUUUCAUCCGUCUUACCAUCCGUCUUAUUUCAUCCGUCUUACUAUCCGUCUUAUUUCAUCCGUCUUACCAUCCGUCUUAUUUCAUCCGUCUUACUAUCCGUCUUAUUUCAUCCGUCUUACUAUCCGUCUUACUAUCCGUCUUACUAUCCGUCUUAUUUCAUCCGUCUUACUAUCCGUCUUACUAUCCGUCUUAUUUCAUCCGUCUUACCAUCCGUCUUAUUUCAUCCGUCUUACCAUCCGUCUUAUUUCAUCCGUCUUACUAUCCGUCUUACCAUCCGUCUUGCCAUCCGUCUUACCAUCCGUCUUACCAUCCGUCUUACUAUCCGUCUUAUUUCAUCCGUCUUACUAUCCGUCUUACUAUCCGUCUUGCCAUCCGUCUUACUAUCCGUCUUAUUUCAACCGUCUUAUUUCAUCCGUCUUACUAUCCGUCUUACUAUCCGUCUUAUUUCAUCCGUCUUACUAUCCGUCUUAUUAUCCGUCUUACUAUCCGUCUUAUUUCAUCCGUCUUACUAUCCGUCUUAUUUCAUCCGUCUUACUAUCCGUCUUAUUUCAUCCGUCUUACCAUCCCUCUUAUUUCAUCCGUCUUACCAUCCGUCUUAUUUCAUCCGUCUUACUAUCCGUCUUACCAUCCGUCUUGCCAUCCGUCUUACCAUCCGUCUUGCCAUCCGUCUUACUAUCCGUCUUACUAACCGUCUUAUUUCAUCCGUCUUACUAUCCGUCUUACUAUCCGUCUUACCAUCCGUCUUACUAUCCGUCUUACUAACCGUCUUAUUUCAUCCGUCUUACUAUCCGUCUUACUAUCCGUCUUACCAUCCGUCUUACUAUCCGUCUUACUAUCCGUCUUAUUUCAUCCGUCUUACUAUCCGUCUUACUAUCCGUCUUACUAUCCGUCUUACUAUCCGUCUUAUUUCAUCCGUCUUACUAUCCGUCUUACUAUCCGUCUUAUUUCAUCCGUCUUACUAUCCGUCUUACUAUCCGUCUUAUUUCAACCGUCUUAUUUCAUCCGUCUUACUAUCCGUCUUACUAUCCGUCUUGCCAUCCGUCUUACUAUCCGUCUUACUUUUUUUUUUUUUUUUAAUUGUUUUUAUUGAUUGCUCCGUGUAA